UAUGUUAUUAUUAUUAUUUUUGUUAAGCAAUGUUUAUUAGUUACAUUUAUCGGAACCAACUGCAUUAUAUUGGUACACCUGGGAGUUUAAAACCAAAACGGAGCGAAGUUCGGCGAAUUUUUUUGCAUGAUCGCAUUCUAAAAUAAAGGAACAAAAAAAAUGAAGUUAACACCACAACAACUUUUGAUGCCUUUGUUGGUUGGAUUUUCUCUAACAGGUGUCAGCUGUAUUUUAUUGUACUUUUUCACACGAAAAGAUGAAGACGAAAUUAAUGAUAGGAGAAAGACAAGGAUUGCAACAUCGCGACAAAGUGAAAUUCAAAUAAAAAUUCCUCGAUCGUCAAUUCCGGCAAUUAUUGGACGUGGUGGAUCGGUGAUUAAAGAAAUUCAAGCUACUACGGAAACUCAGGUGAAAUUCGGCGAGGAAACGGAUGUCGAUGCACCAGAUCGAAUUUGUAUUAUACAAGGAAAACCAGAAAGUAUUCGUUUAGCUGAGGUUAUGAUUUUGGAUAUUAUAAGAAAUCAGCCGGUUAUUGAAACUCAUGAAAUGAAAGUUGCUCAAAAAUAUAUUGGACGAAUAAUGGGUAAAGGAGGUGAAUCAAUUAAGCAUAUUCAAGCAAUUUCGAACGCGAGAAUAAUUGUUGACUCCAGUAUGCCAUCACGUGAUCCAAACUUGGAGAGAAGUUUGACUAUAAAAGGAACGACUGAACAAAUAUCGACCGCUGUUGAAAUCAUCAAUGAUAAAAUUCGUGAGGAAAAUGAGACGAGGGAAAAAUUGGAGUCAAAUGUAAGACAACCUCGUAGUGCAAAAUCUCCAUCACCGAGAAGCAAUGGAAUUGAAACUAAAUUCGAAAAGGAAAAAUCAGAGGAGAAUGUUGACGAGCAGAAGAAAUCGGAAACAGAAGAUUCUGAAGAAGACACUGAAAGUGAAUCACUUCAAGAUGAAAAUUUUCAGAAGGAGACAAAGAAUACGGAAAAAAUGGAAAAUUCAACUGCUUCUAGCUCUGAACUUAAAGCCGAAUCUCUACCUCUACAAAGCAGCACUAUGGAAAUUUUCGUUAGUGCUUGCGAAACGCCGAGUCAAUUUUUCGUGCAAGUUUAUGGUCCGGGUACAUUGGCUCUUGACGAAUUGGUUGAUAAAAUGACAGUCUAUUAUAACAAUCAGGAAAACGCUGAACUUCAUACUUUAAAGAAUAUAACAGUUGAUCAAAUGGUGGCGGCCAAAUUCUGUUUCGAUUCACGUUGGUACAGAUCUGAAGUAAUCGCGGGUCCAGACGAGCAGGGUAACUAUGAAGUUUUCUUCCUUGAUUUUGGAGAUCGUGCAACGGUCCCUAGAAGCGAAAUUCUCGAACUUCGUACCGAUUUUCUCAGUCUUCGAUUACAGGCUGUCGAAUGUUCUCUAGCCAACGUGAAACCUCGUGGAGGAAUAUGGAGCGAAGGAGCUUGCGAUCAAUUUGCAGAAUUGACGUACACAGCCCAAUGGAAAAAAGUUUUCGCUAAAGUCAAAGGUUACAAUGAACGAGCUGUUGGAUGUGGAAGAUCUCGUCGUGAAGGAUCUCCGAUUCCCAGUAUUAUUAUCUACGACAUUAUCGAUAAUAAGGAAAUCGAUGUGGCGAAACAAUUGAUAAGUGAAAAUUUGGCUGAACCAGAUGAGGAAAUUUUAUCGUCGGCUGCUAGUUCAACGAUUUCUGGAAGGAGACGCAAUAAUUCUGAUUUUAGAAAAAGUCCCACACCAACAUCGGUGAAACCUAAUAAAGUCAUUCAUGAAAUCGAUCUGACAACUCCAAUUAAGGACAACAAAAAAAUUGAAGAAAUCGAUUUGGUGAGUCCAGUUACAAAUCAAACGUCGCAAUUUAUCUACAAUGAGAAAAAAUCCUUUAACGAAAAUGGUAGCGGUAAUUAUUCACAAAAUAAUAGAAAUUUCAAAUCAAAGCCUUCCAUUAUUGUGCCAGCCGGUUACGAGAGCGAUCGAUCAGCAGAAUCCGAUUUUGAAUUGGAAUAGGAAAAAAUUUAGCGUCACAUACAAAUAACUUUUAGUCGGGUUUAUUUUUUUUCUUCGUUUUUUACACAUAUAUUAAUCAAUCAGUUAAUUAAAAACAUUUUAAUUAACUUGUUAAUUAAGAAAUUAAUUACUAAUUUCAAUUCCGUUAUUCAGUUAAUUAAUUUCAAUUCAGUUAAUUAAUUAAUUUUAAUUCAAUUAAUUAAUUAAUUUCAAUUCAGUUAAUUAGUUAAUUAAUUUCAAUUCAAUUAAUUAAUUAAUAUGUGUGUAUAUUUUUCCCCUCUCAUUUCUGAAUGAAUUCAUAAUCAUUUGAUGAUUAAAUUGAUGUAAAAAUUACUCAACUACUUUCUUCGAUUAAAAAUGUAAAUAAGAAAAGAAGAAAGUUGAUGACUAGUUUGCCGCGCGUUAUUAUUUUUAUAUAAAGUCAAUGAAUUAGUCAACACCUUUGUCAAAUGAUUUCCUUUUAUUUUCAAAUUAGAAUGAAAUUAGUUUUCUUGCGCGAUUUCCGGAUAUUCGAAAAACAAUUUCAUUAUAAAUUAUAUAUAACAUCACUGACUCCAUUGAAAUUUAAUUUAUAGAAAAUCACCAGAAUUCUCAGUUUUUUAUAAAUAUUCUUUUAUUUCUUUAAACAAUUUUUUUUAAACAGUUUUAUUUUGGAGAAAAAAGAAUUUUAUUAAAAAUAAGAGCAAUUUUCAAGAAGAAAAACUGAAUCUUCUAAUUCUUCCGACUUUUUUUUUAUGAAACUCAGGAACGUCUCUCUCUCACACACACAAGUGCCUUAAUUAUUUUUUUUAAGGAAGCGAUAACUUUCGCCUUUAGUUUUUUUUAUUGACUAUUUUUUGUCGUUGCGUAAUUUUUUAAUCAGGAACAACAAAAGAAAAAAAACUGACGACGAAAUCUAUGAAUUCAAGUGAUACGAAAGGUAUUUUUAUAUUAUAAUAUAUUAGUCUGUAGAAAAAAAAAUCAUGCGUUAAUUUUUGAAUUAUUCAAACGUGUCAAAAUAAAACGUGAGACAUGUUAUUUUUCGUGCUCUAAGGGCAAAAGAAAGAAUUUAUUUCUGUACAUUAUAGAAUUGUUAAUUAUUUACAGUUCCUUGCUUCGAUGUAUAUAAACAUAGUUUAAUCGCGAGAAAUAAAUUUACGUAUUCUAACAAUAAA